GCACCUCAUUAACAUAGAAUGUAUAAUGAUGACACACGUGUUUACUUCAAAUUGACAGUAUGGGCAAAAAGAACUUUAAAAAGAAGCCAGGUGCCUCACUUGUUGAAAGAAAGAAGAAUUUGCAGGAAGCCCGGAAAGAAUUAGCAAAAUCAUCCUCAUCUAAGAAGAAUACUCAGUACAGUGUAGAUCAGUUAUUAGACAAGGUUGAUGAGUACAUUGACAGUUUCCAAUAUGAACUGGCACAGAAAUUCUGUCAGCGAGCUCUGGAGAUGGAACCAGACAACAUAAGAGCCCUGGAAACAGCUGGGAGUUUACUACUGGAAUUGGGAAACACGGAGGCUGCAAAACAGUGUUUUGGCCGAGCAGUAGAAGUAAAUCCUGAUACUGGACACAGUAAAUACAUGUAUCUUGGACAGCUGUUUGAAGGUGCAGAGGCCAUUAAAUGUUUUCAAAAGGGAAUUGAAUUGAUGGUCAAAGAAAGAGAAGCACAGAGUGCACAAGAGUUAGCUGCUGCCUGUGGCGGAGGUGAAAAGGUCAGUGGGAAGGACAUUUCCAGCGCUUACUGUUCUUUGGCUGAAAUAUACAUGACAGAUUGUUGUGAUGAACCCAAUGCCGAGACUCAGUGUGAGGAGAACAUUAACAAGGCUAUUGAAGCUGACAGCGAGAAUCCCGAGGCUUAUCAACUAAAGGCCAGCUUCUACCUAUCUAAAGACAACAAACAGGAAGCUCUAGUCAUGAUUAAAAAGAGUGUGUCGCUAUGGUUACCUAAAUAUGAAGCCGUGGAACAGGGAAAUAUAACAGAAGAAGAGAAUGACCCUGUGGAGGCAGUGUCCUUGUCUUAUGAUGCUAGAGUAGCAGCAGCUAAGAUACUAACAGAGGUUGAAGAAUACGAGACUGCAGUCACUGUGUUAGAAAGUUUACUUGAUGAAAAUGAAGAUGACCCACAGAUCUGGUAUAUGAUUGGAUGGGCUAACUAUUUACAAGGGGAAGACUACAGAGCAAAUGCCAGAUUUUAUUUUAAGAAAUGUAAAGAGGUAUACACUAAAUCACAGUACGAAGAUGAGGGAAUUCUGAAACAUACAGAUGAAUUAUUGGAAGAACUCAGUCCAGGUGAUGAUGAGGAUGAGGAUGGUGAAGAAGCAGAUGAUGGUGCUGAAGAAUUAGAAAUUGACAGUGACUCCGAAAGUGAAAGUAACACAAAUAAUGAAAGUGAAACUAAAAUGGAACAUUGAGCAUAAAGUGGAUACACACCAUACACUGAAAGGGUUGAAUUUCAGAAAUACAGAUACAAAUGUAACAAAAAAUCUUUUGAAGCUGUAUUUAUGAUAUUGUAGUUUUAAGAAAUACCUGCAAUUUUAUGAAAAUAAAUAUCUUUGUUAUGUUGCUUUUAA